AUGCUAUCUAAUCGAAGUGUUCAAACUUUGGUUUCUAUUUCGAAUUCCGUGUUCCCAGAGCCGACGACAACACAAUUCGUUUCAAAAGUGGUGUUGAUGUUAUGGAAAUCGGAGAAAGAACAUAAAAGUGUUCGCGUUUUUCGUGGACAAUAAACUUUUGCAUAAAAUCGAGUAUAAAAGGAGGCCGCCCGGCUCGAAUCUCCAUCAGAAGCCUCUCUGGUUUCAAGGUAAGCUCCUCCGCCUUCGCUCUUUUCGCUUCAAGACCCCUAUUUCAGAAUGGUCGUCUUCUCGCUGGAGCUACAGGCCAUCGCUGCCGUCUCGGAACACCGUCAAGGAAGAGAGGACAGCGAUGGCGGCAUCUAA